AUGUUAUUGUUGAUGGUGUCUAUGUCGCUGAUGGCGCUUACGGCAGCCUCGGAGGAGAAAGAUCCGGCUGCGCAACAAAUCGUAUUAUUUAAGGAAAGAAAUCCGACUCCUAUUGGUAUCAUAACAACAAGCGCUGGAGCGCCUGUUGAAAAAAGGGACGCUUUGAAUACGUUAAAUUCCAGACUCCUUUUUAAUGAAUAUUUUAUGGAUACUAUGACUCAUCUUGUUCGUGAAAGAAUUCCUGAACGACUGGUUCAUGCAAAGGCAGGUGGAGCAUUUGGUUAUUUUGAAGUAACUCAUGACAUUACAAACAUCUGCAAAGCUAAAUUAUUUAGUGAAAUAGGCAAGAAAACACCAGUAGCGGCAAGAUUUUCACCGGCUAUUAUAGAAAGAGGUGGCAGCGAUACAUCACGCGACGUUAGAGGUUUCGCUGUGAAGUUUUAUACUGAAGAUGGGAACUUCGAUAUUGUCGGGUUUAACACUCCUAUGUUUGCGUUGAAUGAUCCUCGUCUAUUUCCUACAUUUGUUCGAGCGCAAAAGAAAAAUCCAGCUACUAACCUUUUCGAUGCUAACACAUUGUGGGACUAUUUAACACUGCAACCUGAAAGCUUACACAUGUUCUUAUUAGUUUUCGGCGAUCGCGGUAUACCAGAUGGCUAUCGUCAUAUGCCUGGAUUCGGGAUUCAUACUUACCAAGUUGAAAAUGAGCAGGGGGACAUAUAUUUUGUGAGAUUUCAUUUUACACCUGAUGCUGGAAUCAAAAAUUUAAGCGCUGAAGAGGCUAUGAAAAUUGGCGCAGAAGAUGCCGACUAUAAUACCAGAGAUUUGUAUAAAGCUAUUGCUAACGGAGACUUUCCAACGUGGUCAGUUGGUAUCCAAGUGUUAACAAUCGAUGACAUUAAGAAUGCUAACUUCGAUGCAUUUGAUGUCACAAACACUAUUCCUUUAGACGAAUUUCCCUUGCAUCCUGUGGGUAAAUUUGUUUUAAAUAAAAACGCAGUAAAUUACUUUGCACAAAUAGAACAGCUCGCCUUCAGUCCAACUAAUUUAGUCCCUGGUAUUCUUGGAGGACCAGACAAAGUUUUUGAGGCACGGCGUUUAGCUUACCGAGACGCCCAAUAUUACCGUUUGGGAGCCAAUUUCAACAGAAUACCUGUGAACUGUCCGUUUAGAACAAAAACUUUUACAUAUAACAGAGAUGGCCGCCCUCCGGUAGGUGAUAAUGAAAAAGAUAUCCCAAACUACUUUCCCAAUACAUUCAAUGGUCCUGUUCCUUAUAUCGAUACGAAUAGGUCGAAUUUAAUAGAAAUUGUAGAACAUAGACCAAACAAUGUCAAACAAGCAACUGAGGUGUACGUGAAUGAAAUGACGACUGACGAAAGAAGUAGGCUGGUGGAAAAUAUAUUGUAUAGCUUAGCACCGGCUACUGCAUCUUUACAGGAAAGAGCAGUAAAAUUAUUCUCAAUUAUUCAUCCCGACUUAGGUUACCAAAUAGAGCAGGGCCUAAAAAGGAACACUACGGAAAGCAACGUUUAGAUAUAUUAGUUAUAACGCCUAUCAUCAGGAACUUCUCCAUAAGUUCACUGUUUAUACUUUUAUAUGAAUAAGAUUGAAAAGAAAAUCGUUUUUUUUUAUGUAAUUUCUGAAGAAGUUUGUGUACAGCUGGUUAAUAUUUCUUUGACAAAAAUGAAUUUAUUUACGUUUCGAUGGAGUUGUUUAACACUAGUAAUAUAUUUCAACGAGCAUACAGCGGCUUUUAUUGUUGAAAUAGACGUUUAUAUCUUUUACAUAGAGUAAUUGUUGUAAUGGAUAUAUACUGUGUAAAUUUUAUAAUAAAAAUAAAAUAAAAACUUUAUUAUAUAUGACAAAA